GUAUUUUGUAUACGUGUAUGACGGUUAAAAAUAAGAUAAGCUAAAAAUUAUUUUAGUAUUUUUUCUUCAGUGUAUGCAACUCCGUUAAUAGCUAUUGACCAUUUUGUAGUUGGAGGUAAUUAAAUGACGUUUACAAACUGUACUCAGCGCUAACGAACAUAGCAUUGCACAGUUGGAUGUUAAACAUGGAGGUGCGAAAUUUAAUGCACUUGCGUUGAUAGUGUACAGUCAGUGUGUGGUUUGUUUGUGCGAAGCUGUGUUUUAUAUCGCCUUGCAUUCGAAAAUUUAUAUGCUUUUGCUUUAUUAUAAAAUUUCGCAAUGAGUGUCGAUGCAUAUGGACCUAGUUCUCAAACAUUAACUUUCUUAGAUCCUGAAGAAGGAAAUGAUCUUUUGGGUGCUGAUACCCAGGGUUCAGAUUUUGAAUUCACUGAUUUUUCGUUACCUUCGCAAACCCAGGCUUCACAAAUCGAGCAGACUCAGAGUCAGUCUUCAAGGAGCCAGUUGAACGGGCCUGAUUUGUCUCUUCCAAAUGGGUUGGACAGAGAUGUAUGUUCUGCUACACAGAGUCUUGGAGAACUAACAUUUCAGGAGGAAGAAGAAGAUCAGUAUUAUACAAAAGACUUGCCAGAACAUGCCUGCAAGUACUGUGGUAUUCAUGAUCCAAGUUGUGUUGUUCAGUGCAACAUAUGUAAAAAAUGGUUUUGCAAUGGAAGGGGUAAUACAUCAGGAAGCCACAUUAUAAAUCAUCUAGUGAGAGCUAAGCAUAAAGAAGUCACUUUACAUAAAGAUGGUCCACUAGGUGAAACUGUGUUAGAAUGCUACAGCUGUGGAUGUAGAAAUGUUUUUGUGCUUGGAUUUAUACCUGCUAAAGCUGAUUCUGUUGUUGUUUUGUUGUGUCGUCAGCCAUGUGCAGCACAGAGUAGUUUGAAAGAUAUGAAUUGGGAUCCAGAUCAGUGGAAGCCUCUUAUUAGUGAUCGUAGUUUCUUAGCAUGGUUGGUCAAAGUACCUCAGGAGCAAGAACAGUUGCGUGCUAGACAAGUAACAGCUCCUCAAAUCAAUAAACUAGAAGAACUGUGGAAGGAUAAUGUUGAUGCUUCGUUUGAAGAUCUUGAAAAACCCGGAGUUGAUGAGGAACCACAGCAAGUUCUUUUAAGAUAUGAAGAUGGUUAUCAAUAUCAGAAUAUAUUUGGCCCUCUUGUAAAAAUGGAAGCUGACUAUGAUAAAAAGCUGAAAGAAUCUCAGACACAGGAUAACAUAGAAGUGCGAUGGGAUAUUGGCUUAAAUAAGAAAAUAAUAUCUUAUUUUACUAUAGCUAAGUCUGAUACAGAUAUGAGAUUGAUGCACGGAGAUGAAUUAAGACUUCGUUAUCUUGGGGAACUGCAUAAACCAUGGUCUGGUGUUGGACAUGUUAUCAAAAUUCCAGAUAAUUACAGUGAGGAAGUCGGAAUAGAAAUGAAAACAAAUCUUGGGGUUCCUUCAGACUGUACAUCAAAUUUUGUUGUUGAUUUUGUUUGGAAAUCAACAUCAUUUGACAGGAUGCAGGCAGCUUUGCGAAAAUUUGCAGUUGAUGAAACAUCAGUUUCUGCUUACAUCUAUCAUAAACUGUUAGGCCAUGAAGUAGAAGAUGUAGUAAUGAGAUGCCAGUUGCCAAAGCAUUUCUCUGCUCCUAAUUUGCCAGAACUGAAUAGGUCUCAAGUGUAUGCUGUGAAGCAUGCAUUACAGCGACCUCUGUCAUUAAUUCAAGGGCCACCAGGUACUGGUAAAACAGUAACAUCAGCUACAAUUGUAUAUCAUCUGGUACGUCAAAGCAACGGGCCAGUCUUGGUUUGUGCACCUAGUAAUAUAGCUGUUGAUCAGCUGACAGAGAAAAUUCAUCGAACUGGGUUAAAGGUAGUUCGAUUGUGUGCCAAAAGUCGUGAAGCAAUCAACUCUCCUGUGUCUUUUCUUGCACUGCAUAAUCAGAUUCGCAACUUAGAAGGACAUUCUGAACUACAUAAACUCCAACAGCUGAAAGAUGAAACUGGUGAAUUGUCAUCUGCAGAUGAAAAACGAUACAGAAUGUUAAAGAAAGCAUGUGAAAAAGAACUUUUGGAGGCUGCAGAUGUUAUAUGCUGUACAUGUGUGGGUGCUGGGGACCCUCGUCUUGCAAGAUUUAAAUUUUAUUCUAUUCUGAUCGAUGAAAGCAUGCAGGCUACUGAACCAGAAUGCAUGGUACCAGUCGUUUUAGGUGCCAAACAGUUAAUACUUGUUGGUGAUCACUGCCAACUUGGUCCUGUUGUGAUGUGUAAAAAAGCAGCACGAGCUGGUCUUUCGCAAUCCUUAUUUGAAAGAUUAGUUGUAUUAGGUAUUCGUCCCUUAAGAUUGGAAGUUCAGUAUCGGAUGCAUCCUCAGCUCAGUAAAUUUCCCUCAAAUUUCUUUUACGAAGGCUCUCUGCAGAAUGGAGUGUAUGCAGAUGAGAGGAAAAUGAAAGGUGUUGAUUUCCCAUGGCCUCAACCUGAUAAACCAAUGUUUUUUUAUGCUUGUCAAGGACAAGAAGAAAUUGCUGGGUCAGGAACAUCUUAUCUGAACAGAACUGAAGCAGCACUUGUUGAAAGGCUUACCACAAGGUUUUUAAAGUGUAGUGUAAAACCUGAACAGAUAGGCAUAAUUACACCAUAUGAAGGUCAGAGAGCUUAUCUAGUGCAAUAUAUGCAGUAUAAUGGUUCAUUACAUGCGAAACUCUACCAGGACAUAGAAGUAGCAAGUGUUGAUGCCUUUCAAGGCCGAGAAAAGGAUUUAAUUAUUAUGUCCUGUGUUCGUUCCAAUGAACAUCAAGGAAUAGGUUUUCUUAAUGAUCCUCGCCGUUUAAAUGUAGCUCUAACUAGAGCAAGGUAUGGCAUAAUCAUUGUGGGCAAUCCAAAGGUUUUAUCUAAACAAACACUGUGGAAUCAUCUUUUAACUUUUUACAAAGAAAAUAAGGUUCUCGUAGAAGGGCCUUUGAAUAAUUUGAAGGAGAGUAUGAUCCAAUUUAGCAAGCCAAGAAAACUUAUCAACACUAUUAAUCCUGGUACUCAUUUUAUGAAUACUGCUAUGUACGAUGCUCGUGAAGCCAUGAUUCCUGGAAGUGUGUAUGAUCGAUCUUCUCAUAUGAAUGGUGGUCCUGCAUAUUUUAACAGACCACAUGACCAAAUAUCAUAUAUUAGCCCAGAAAGAGCACAGAGUGCUGUUGCAAAUCUACCUGUACCAGUUGGUAUGUUCUUAAACAUGGCUCACAUACCUCCACGAUUCUAUAACCAGCAUCAACAGGCCUUACAGGCUCGUCAGAAUCAAAGGAACAGAAGUGCCACCAGAAAAGGAGGUGGAGGAAGGCAGAAUAUAAAUGGCAGAAAUGUAUCAAAUGGAGCUUCUUUGAAUUUAUCUCAGACUGGUUUUAACAGCCAAGCAAGUCAGGAUAUGAUGGGAGGAUUUUCACAAGGACCUCUUACUCAAGGUCAGUUAAGCAUGAGUCAGAUGAGCCAGCCAAAUUAUCCAGGUUUAUCCCAGCCUGGGUUAUCUCAACCUGAGUUAUCACAAGAUACCUACCUUGUUGAUGAACUCCGCUCCCAAACUGAAGGGAUGUUGUCCCAAGAUUCUACCUAUCAGGGUGACAGGGCCUACUUUGCUGCAUCCCAGGGAGGCCAAUUUUCUCAACCGUAUUGAAGUCAUGGGUGAGCCUAGAUCAGUGGACCCGCAAGCCACUGGUUCCUAACAUGAAGCAGCAAAGUAGCUCAUAUCUGCUACAGUCGAAAGAGAGAAAAAAAAAAAAGCAUCCACACUACCACAUGAAACGGAAGGCGUGAUGUUGGCCUCUUAUUGACGGUGUUGAUGUGUCCAGUUAAGAUUCCUGCCGGCUGAAUGGUGUCUACUAUAGCCUGAUGUGGACCAAGACGAGCGACCGGAGCAUAGUGCAUUUCUCAGGUGAAUGAUCCUGAAGUGUCUCAAUUCCUCUGCAUUGCCCAGAGGUGCAAGCUGAGUUGCCUUUCCGUCGCCUCUAUUAUAUAGCAAAAUGCUAUUGGAAAAAUUUCACUCGCUGGCAUAUUUGGUAGGGGUCUGGACAUAAUCACACAGCAGAUGGUCAUAGGCCUGAAUCAUCUUUACUUGAAAAAUGUUUUCCCUUCCUCCAUUUACAUUUGUUAUUUUUUCCCUAUAUUUUGUAAAUUGCUUUUCUCCCCUUUUCAUUUCAUUCCUUUAACUUUUAGUAUCAUGUAAUUGAUGUAGUGUCCAUUUAAUUUGCUUAGUGUCUCAAUGCUGUCUAAAAGGAAAAUUAGUAAAGGAGUUGGCAGGGACCACUGGGCACUAAACAGUAGGACAGUGCUCUGUUCUAGCCAUUUCAUAUUUUCUGGUUGAAUGGAGCCAUAUAGCUAUAAUAAGUGCAGGCUUAACUCUUUGGGGGAAAAAAGAUCUAUAACCCCACGUGUGUACAUAUAUAUAUAUACAUAAAUGUAUAAUGAUCUUUGAGAUAGCACUUCUGUUCUAAUUACUUCUAACACAAUAGUGUGAUAUUUUCCAGUCAAUAGUGUUAAACUUGGUAAAAUAUAUUUGCACAACUGCGGUAAAAUUUAAGAAUAUUUAGUUGUCACUAUUGUUAAAAGACAUUUUGGCAAAUGAAAACAUUAUUUUUUUAAGUACAAAUCUUUUUGCGAAAGUGACUUUUUUGAAGCGUUUUGGCUUUGUUUCAGCUUAAGGAUCGUAAUAUACAUGUUUAAGCAAAAAUGUGAGAGAUGUGCCUGUUUUUUAUAUUUUGAUUUAGGAGUGCUAAAUAUCAUAAAUAAAGAGUAUUCUGUAAAUUUGUAAUGAAAUGGUAUUUUAAUUAUUGUAAUCUAUUUUUUUUUUGACGACAAGCAGUAUAUAAAAAUCGUACAAUCAUUCAGUUAUGUUGCUGAGCUUAAUUUACCAUAAAAUGCCCCGAAAGUAUUUAAAAAAAUUUAUCUACUAAACAAUCGUUUGUUGCUCAUAAUUAACAAUAAAAUGUAACGUACCAAAGUUUUGCACAAUAUGUUUUUAAUAACGCACGUUAAUUCAUUUUAAUUAGCAUUCACGUUCAUCAUCUAGAACAUAUUUUAUGGCAAAUAUUCAAUUUUAGGAAGUUUUGAUGCUGAGUUCAUAGACUUUAAGUAAUAAGCGACAACUUUGAUGUUUUAGUUAAUUUUAUGUGCUCAUAUUUUUUUAAGAAAUAUAGACUUUUACAGUGUGUCACUGGAGUGAUUUAAACAAUAGCUUUUUUAAAAAUAAUUCAUAAUAAUUGAAUUUCUGGUGUGAAAAUUUUGCAAAUACAAAUAUUUUCAAAGUAAUUUGUAAUGUUAGUAACAUUGUUUUGUUUAUUUUAUGAAACAUCUCAAGACAUUACGUAACUGUUCUGUUUUAUUUGAAGAGAAAAUAAAUUUUCUAUAUGGUGCCACUUACUUUGGGUUGGUUCCAUUUCUUCAA